AUGUCUAGUAGUGAUACGACAACUACAUUACUAAGGAAUAGGUUUGAUAAACCUAGCCCUGAACCAAGUGAAAAGACGACUGAGGAGCUCUUGAUUGAGAAGCUAGAUAAAUUUUUGUCGUCUAUUGAAUCAAGGUUAGAUAGCUUUGAGCAAUAUUUCAAAGUAAGCAAGGGUGAGAUAAAUGAGGGACUAAGUGUACCCGAGGAGUGUGAUAAAUCAAGAAGAAAUAGUAAUGCUAGCUUGAGUUCAAUAAAGUCGUUUUCUGUGAACAACUUAAACAUGAUCUAUCAAAGACUUAGAUUCAUUAAGAACUCGGUAUUAAAAUCGUCAUUUACAAAUUUGGAAAACCUAUACAAUACCUUAGAUGACCAAUAUAAUUACUUAUUUAAUUCUUGUACGACGCCGAUAGAUACUGAAAAGAUAGGUUCCAACAGUAAGGAAAUGUUGUCUGUGAAGAUAAUUACUACCAUACAGUAUUUUGAUGAAAAAUUAUUACAAGUCGAUAACUUGAUACAAGAACGUACCUUUCAAGGUACAGCUGAUUAUAAGGCGCCAACUUUCAAACACCUUGGCUUUUACAACUUUAAUAGGGCAUUAAAGGCGGCUGAAAAUAAAUACUUGCACUAUUAUGAAUUGCCAUUACAUUGGAGAGAGAACCGCUACAUUAUCCAUGGUUAUCGAUACUCUAUGAAACAUUGGACUACGUUAAAAUCAAUAUUCAAAUUGAAUCACAAUGAAAGCAUGAACAUUUGGACGCAUCUACUUGGGUUUUUAUUGUUGUUAUAUAUUUCGUUCUGGCAUUAUCCGGGAACCGAAACAUUCAAGAGAAAUAGCUUUGAAGAUAAUGCUGCGAUGUACACAUUUUUAGUAGCAGCUAUAGGUUGUCUUGGCUGUUCAGUUAUCUUUCAUACAUAUACUUCGUUUGCUAACAUAACUAUAAAAUCAAAUUGUGCUUGCGUUGAUUAUACUGGCAUAACAGUAUUAAUUACUGCGUCAAUUAUAUCUGCUGAAUAUUGUUCACUAUACCGUUACCCAUCUUUACUUCGAAUUUACAUGAUAUUCUCGUCAAUUUGUGGGUUAACAGGAUUUACAUUUAACUGGUCGCCGUAUUUUGACAAACCAGAAUGUAGAUCAUUGAGAAUUGGAUUUUAUGUUGGAUUGGCGUUUUUAGGCUUUACUACAAUUUUAUGUCAGAUAUUUUAUGAAGGCUUUAUGUCAUCAAUGAAAUUCUUUUUCCCAAUGGUUUACAAGAGUCUUAUAUGGUACGCAAUUGGGGUUAUUUUUUAUGGAAGCUUAUUCCCAGAGAGAUGGAGAUACGAUGUGGUGAUUAUCGAAGAUGAGACCUGUAGUCAUUCGCACAAUUCAAGUGAUGUUUUGAAAGGAAACCCUGAAAACAGUGGUAAUGAAGAAUUAGAGCAAAUUGAAAAUGACAUAAAACAGCAAGCUGAACAACAUAACUAUCGUGAGAAGGAUGAUCUUGAAUAUAUUGAUAAUGAAAAAGAUCUUGUUGAGGAAGAAGAAAACAAGUAUAGAGAUAUUAUUGACAAGCAUUUCCCUCCUGAACCGGUCAAGACCCCAUAUAAUAAGGAUUUUUUUUCGCUUUGGUGGGUUGAUUACUGUUUUUCAAGUCAUAAUAUCUGGCAUAUUUGUGUUGUUUUGGGAGUUAUAGGGCAUUAUUACACUAUCAUCGAGAUGUUUGAUAAGAUUGAUAAUCUAUAA